CACGCCGGCGCCGUGGCCUGAGCCCCGUUAUCUACAAUAACUGCUGCCUUGGGGCGCCGCCUGGGACGAUGCGCCAACCCGGAAAUCCAGCGCGCGGUGGCAACACGAGGCUCUGCCGCCUGCCCCGCAGCCCAUUUCCUAACUGGUGGGACUGAGCCGGGUCGACUCCGCCGGAGACCGCCAGAUCUUGUUCCUCUUCCCUCUGUUAUCUUCUUAAUUAUAAAUCAUGGAAGAUGAAGAUAAAACAAUUGAAUGUAAAGAUUCAGAACCAUCCACAGAGAUGAAUCGCACAGACUCUGCACAUCAAGAAACACAGGAGGAGACAGCUAUGAACUUCAAAGGUAUAGAUGAAAAUGAACCAACAGAAGGAAGUAACCUCUUGAAAAGCAACGAAAAAAAGCUACAAGAAACAGCAACUGAAGCAAAUCACUUGCAAAGACUGAGACAAACACUGGCUUGCCCUCCACGUGGUUUACUGGACAGAGUAAUAACAAAUGUUACCAUCAUUGUUCUUCUGUGGGCUGUAGUGUGGUCAGUUACUGGCAGUGAGUGUCUUCCUGGAGGAAACCUAUUUGGAAUUAUAAUCCUAUUCUAUUGUGCUGUCCUUGGAGGUAAAAUUUUAGGGCUUUUUAAGUUACCUACAUUGCCUCCACUGCCUCCUCUUCUUGGCAUGCUGCUUGCUGGUUUUCUUAUGAGAAAUAUCCCAGUCAUCAGUGAUAAUGUCCAGAUCAACCAUAAGUGGUCUUCUUCUUUGAGAAGUAUAGCCCUGUCUAUCAUAUUAGUUCGUGCUGGCCUUGGUCUGGAUUCAGAGGCCCUGAAGAAGUUAAAGGGUGUUUGUGUGAGACUGUCCCUGGGUCCCUGUACUGUAGAGGCAUGCUCAUCUGCUGUUCUUACACACUUCCUGCUGGGUUUACCAUGGCAGUGGGGAUUUAUGCUGGGUUUUGUUUUAGGUGCUGUAUCUCCCGCUGUUGUGGUGCCUUCAAUGCUCCUUUUACAGGGAGCAGGCUAUGGUGUUGAAAAGGGUAUCCCAACCUUACUCAUGGCUGCUGGCAGCUUUGAUGACAUUCUGGCCAUCACUGGCUUCAAUACAUGCUUGGGGAUGGCCUUUUCCACAGGCUCUACAGUUUUUAAUGUCCUCAGAGGAGUUUUGGAGGUGGUAAUUGGUGUGGCUACUGGAUCUCUUCUUGGAUUUUUUAUCCAGUACUUUCCAAGCAGUGACCAGGACAAACUUGUGUAUAAGAGAGCAUUCCUUGUUUUGGGGUUCUCCGUGCUAGCUGUAUUCAGCAGCGUGUAUUUUGGUUUCCCUGGAUCAGGAGGACUGUGCACGUUGAUCAUGGCUUUCCUUGCAGGCAUGAGAUGGACCAGCAAAAAGGCAGAGGUUGAAAAGAUUAUUGCAAUUUCCUGGGAUGUUUUUCAGCCUCUUCUUUUUGGACUGAUCGGAGCAGAGGUAUCCAUUGCAUCUCUCAGACCAGAAACUGUUGGUCUUUGUGUUGCCACCCUGGGCAUUGCAGUAUUGAUACGAAUUUUGACUACAUUUGUGAUGGUGUGUUUUGCUGGUUUUAACAUAAAGGAAAAGAUAUUUAUUUCUUUUGCAUGGCUUCCUAAGGCCACAGUUCAGGCUGCAAUAGGAUCUGUGGCUUUAGACACAGCAAGAUCACAUGGAGAGAAACAGCUAGAAGAUUAUGGAAUGGAUGUGUUAACAGUGGCAUUUUUGUCCAUUCUCAUCACAGCCCCAAUUGGAAGUCUACUUAUUGGUUUGCUGGGCCCCAGACUUCUCCAGAAAGUUGAACAUCAAAAUAAAGAUGAAGAAGUUCAAGAAGACACUUCUGUACAAGUUUAGAGGUGAUAAGAAAGUAUGCUGAACAUAACGAUUAGAAACUUUUAUCAAGAUGGAUAAUGAAAUAUGUGAUGUUUAUGCAUACAAUGUGCUGAAAUGUGGCCAUUUCUUUGAACAAUAUUUUUCGCCCUUACUCUUUCCAUGUAAUUGAUAAUGUUCUACAUCUCCAA